UUUCCCUGGAAAGCGCCAUUUUGGAAUAUUUGUAAACAAGUCGGUUCAGAAACUUAGCAUGUAAAUCAAGUGGUUGUUGGUCCUCAACAUGGCUCUGCAAACAUUGGACCUGUGUAGGAAAGAGUCGGGGAAGAUAUGGCAGAGAAAACCUGUUCCUUCCACUGAUGAUGGUGUCAUGGUACACAUCACUCACAGUGUGUCCAGUCCACUAGCUCUGCAGUCUAGAAACAUACGCUUCCUCCAUGUGGCCUUUGACACAACAGGAGAUCGCUUCGUGGCAGGAGAUUACCAAGGAAACAUGUUUGUCUUUGAUCUCAGCAGAAACAGGUACUCUCUGGUCCAGCGUACAGGGACUCCAUGUUCCUCACUGGCUUUUACUUUAAAAAGAAGAACAGAGUUUCUGGUCGGGAUGUCUGACUAUUCCCUGAAGUGUUAUGAUAUAGAUACCAAAGAGCUUGUAGCCUGGAUGAAGGGUCAUGAGUCUCCCAUACACACUAUAUCUAUCCAUGCCUCUGGACGUUACGCGCUGACCUCCUCCAACGACACCGCCCAGCUCUGGGACCUGGACACUUUUCAGAGGAAGAGGAAGUUGAACAUCAAGGAGAAUGUUGGGAUUGUUAAGGUGUUUUUCCUUCCACUGAGUAACACCAUCAUGACCUGCUUUAAGGAUGACUCCAUCUUUGCCUGGGAGGCCGACACCCUGAACUGCAAGUACCAGUUGCCUAUUCCCCCUGGGAAUGCUCCACACUAUAAGGCCUUUGCUGCCACUAAGGAUGGCAGACUGCUGGUGGCGGGAGGAAAGUCCAGGUUUCUCCAUGUGUGGACACUGGACACCAGGCGUCUACUGAGGAUAAUACAGCUUCCCGCCAAGGUCACCUCAAUGAAGGAGAUGGAGUUCUUGCCUGAUAAGUUUGAUGCUGGUUCCAGUCAGGUCCUGGGUGUCCUCAGUCAAGACGGCAUCAUGAGGUUCAUCCACAUCCACACCUGUAAACUGCUGUUUGACCUGGGCAGUGUAGGUGACAGAAUCAACACCAUGGCUAUGUCUCCUACUGGACACCACGUGGUCGGAGUGAUGGAGGACGGGAAUCUUAAUAUAUACAGUGUACAGGCACUGACUGCAGAGUUAAAUAAGCCUCCUCCCCCGUUGGUGUCAGUGGUAUCAUCUCAGAAGAAGCAGGAGACAGGGGAUGUCACAUCAUCGUCGCAGGCAGACAUGACCCAGGGGAAACGAGCUUCCAGGUUAAAACGUAAAGCCCGCUUGGCUCAGGGCAGCGAGGUGUCGGCUGUGGAUGUGAAACCAAAGAAAACUAGUCAUGAACAGGUUGGACUACCUGAGGGCCUGAACAUGGAUAAACUGAUGGCUAUAUUGAGGGGCUAUGGAGAGUAUCCAGCUAAAUAUAGGAUGUUUAUCUGGCGUUCCAUCUUGCGGCUACCAGAGAACCACGCAGCGUAUGCCUCCCUAGUAGACAAGGGCACGCACCCGGCGUAUGAAAACAUACAUGAGAAGUUUCCUAUCAAGAGCAGAAAAUUGUUGAGAGUGCUGCAGAGAACCCUGUCGGCGCUCUCUCACUGGUCGGCCAUCUUUGGUGAGAUGGACUACCUGCCUCUCCUGACCUUCCCCUUUGUGAAGCUGUUCCAGAAUAACCAGUUAGUGCUGUUUGAGAUCAUAGCAACUGUCCUAGUAAACUGGUGUCAGCACUGGUUUGAGUUCUUCCCCAACCCUCCCAUCAAUGUUCUGGGGAUGGUGGAGAACGUCCUCGCCUUUCAGGACAAGGAGCUGCUCCAGCAUUUUGUCAAGUACGGCGUCACCUCACAGAUCUAUGCGUGGCCCGUGCUGGAGACGCUUUUCUCUGAAGUACUUACCAAGGAUGAGUGGUUACGACUGUUCGACAACGUGCUCAGUAACCACCCCGCAUUUCUCCUCAUGUGCGUGGUGGCAUACUGCACGGCAUGCAGAGGACCUUUGUUACAGUGUAUAGAGUUUGAUGAUUUUAAGUACUUCUUCCACCACCGUAAUGCCGUGGACAUAGGGGACGUGAUUAAAGAAGCGUAUAGGAUUCAGGAGACCACCCCACCUGACGUCCACCCUGAGAGGAUGCUGGACACGUUCCAGCCACUGACCAGGGGACAGUACCCAGUGUUUAAUAAAUAUCCCAAGUUUAUUGUGGACUAUCAGGUUCAAGAAAGAGAAAGAAUUCGUGAGGAAGAACUGGAGUACCUGCGACAGCGGCAGGUGUCUCUUGAGCUCCAGAAAGAGACUGAGCGUCGUCAGCAGGAGGAGGCUGCAUGGUACAGACAGCAGGAGCUGCUUCUGGAGGCGGAGGAGAAGAGGAGGAAGAUGAUCUCAGAGGAGGAGGAGAAGCUUUAUGAACAGAGGUCAAGGCUUCAGGCCAUGAAUCGUGAAGUAAAGAUGAAGGAAAUGAAGCUGCUUGAUGCCACAAGAAGAAAAUACAUGAAUUAUCAGCAGAAACAGAGGACAUCAGAAAUCAAGAGACUGGAUGAUGAAAUACAGAGAAAGGCUGCUAUGAGGGAGAUGGAAACUCAGCAUGCAGUGCAGGAAGCAGAGAUAAAAAAUCUGGAGUUACAGCUCCAGAAGAAAAUGUUUGAACAGGAAUUAUACAGAGAGCAUGCAGAGACCACCCAAAAACUACGCUCUGAGUAUGACGCCUUCAGGAAACGCCAGGAAAUUGAAGAUAGGGGACAGCACCGUGUUAACCUGGCAGAGCGAGAGAGGGAACAGGAAAUAAGGAGGAGGCUGCAGCAGAAUCUGGCCCAUGCCGAGCAUGUGACUACAGAUGCUGAGACAAGAAAACAGAUGGAAUACAGACAGGAACUGGAUAACCUGGACAGGGAGAUGCAGAAUGUGCAGCUGGCAAAACUACAAAAUGAAAACCGUGACCUGGAGAAAGAAGUCCACAAACUGAUGAAUGAACUGAAAACUAGAAGGGAAGAAGAGGCCAUAGAGACCCUGGAGGAGCUCCAGGCCCAGAGGCGCCAGGCAGAUGUAGCGGCAGAGAGGAGGACACGUCUCCUCAGGGAGGAAUCUGGUCUGGCUGAGGACCACCUGGAACAGCUGGGGAACACGCUGGACCAGUCCUUUGAGCGUCUCCGAGACCUUAGGCAGAGAGCGACAGAUAACAGAGAUCAGUCUUGUCUGAAUGAGGUUUCCACUGGAACUGAUGGUACCACUACAUUGUCAUUUGACAGAACAGGCCGCACAAGUUUAGAUGAAGGAGAGGCCAUGCUUAUGCAGGAAGUGAGGAGGUUGAGAGAAAAACUGGCUUCGGAUAGCAGGACUAAGAAACCGCCUGCAGAGUUUUGAUUCAAAAGCUUGGAAGGGAAUGAUAAGGAAUAUGAAAAAAUAGACUGCAGAAAUUAAGUUGCACUGUAAAUGGAAUGUGGUCCACACAAAAUAGGGCAGUGACGCUGGCAGCAGAAAGGGGAUAUGUUGUCAAAAAAUGCUUUCUUUGGUUCGGUAAAAGGUAUCAACUUGUCUUGGAGAAAAAGAAAAAAAACUAGAUUUAUACACUAGUGAAGCAGUUGGCACAUUUUUUUCGCAGAGGAACACAAUUUAUGUCGGAAAGAGAUAGAACUUGAUGGCAGAAAAAGUGAGGGGUCACAAAAACUUUCAACCACGUCGGGACUGUCAUGGCAAUUUUCUCUUCUUCUGGUAUAUCUGAUCACAACUUGUACUUGGAAGCAAGCUAUUUAUUUUUAAUGUAGAUAUACUGCAUCAAUCACAUUAAAUUUUUUAAGAAAUUGUAAAAUUUCACAAGACUUUUGUAAGUUUGAUUGCAAUUCUCUGUGUGUAUAUUCUGAGGGAAGGCUUAUUAGACUGGGUUCCCAUCCCAAGAUCAAUCUAACAGGAUUGUUCCAUCUCCAAGGGGUUUCUCGCUAUAUUGCUUUCAGCUUGAGAGACUUAGAUGGCUGGCACGCCUGUUUAAGGCAGGGGGUGGAAACGCGCUACUUAUAUGAUUAUGACGAGCCUAACCGUCAGUACCGGAUACAGGUUUGUGAUUUUGAAGGGCAAUUAGGCUUGAUAUUUGCAGCACGCAUGAACAGUAGUCGAUCUACCACACCUGGGUCUUUUGUUUUUGACAACUGUUCACUCGUC